CCAAACCCCUCUCCGAGCGGGCUGCAGGGAGAAGCCACCACCGCCAGGGCUGUCAGACCAACCACACUGGCAGCAGCUCCCUGACACCUGGACCCCCCGGGAUACUCACUCCUGCCCGCCCAGGACACCUCAGCCUCAGCGCCGCCGCUCUCCUCAGCGCCGCUGCCAGGGCGGCCCCACAGAGCCGCUCACCUGCCCCAGGCAAAAAACGAAGCCGGCUGUUGUCGUAAAGCGAGGCGGCGCGACAGCUAGCGAGGGCCCCCCCCGCCCGCCUCCUUCCUCCUCCCGAGCGGAGAAGAUGGCGGCGGGGGAGGUGAAGUCCGUGCUGUUCGUGUGCCUGGGAAACAUUUGUCGCUCUCCAAUAGCUGAAGCAGUUUUUAGAAAACUUGUAACUGAUGAAAAAGUUGAAAAUAAGUGGAUGACAGACAGUGCUGCUGUUUCAGACUGGAACGUGGGGCGCUCCCCAGAUGCAAGGGCUUUAAGCUGUCUAAGAAAUCAUGGCAUUGAGACAGCACAUAAAGCACGGCAGAUUACUAAAGAUGAUUUCCAGACCUUCGAUUAUAUACUUUGCAUGGAUGAAAGCAAUUUAAGAGAUCUGAAAAGGAAAAGCAACCAGGUUAAAGACUGCAAGGCCAAAAUUGAACUACUUGGGACAUAUGAUCCACAGAAACAACUUAUUAUUGAAGAUCCAUACUAUGGGAAUGAAAAGGACUUUGAAACUGUUUACGAGCAGUGCGUUAGAUGCUGUAAAGCAUUUUUGGAGAAGCCUCAUUAAUGCUUCAUCAUUUUAUUUCUAGAAUAAAAUAAUUAGCUUCUCCUGAAAUAUGUAAGGUUUACUUGAUUGAUGUAUUUAAAUUGUAAAAUUAUGCCUCCUCAGUAGGUUGAAAACUUUUUCAGUUUAAUUUUUUAUUGUAGUUUUUCUGUCAUCUAAUUAGAAAAACAUAGGAAGUUUUAAAGUUGGAUUAGAUGAUCAACCAUUUCCUCACACAUUAAUGUAAUAACAAAGUACUUGUUCAGAAUAAAUUUAUCUGUAAACCCUUUCUCAGAA